GCUACUGUAAUGCAAUUCUUAUGCGGCAGUGGCCUUUUUCAACAUAGCAUGGCUCUUUAGGAUUUCACAAAAAUGCUCUUUAGAAGUUGACGAUGGUUUAAGGAUCAACUGGUUCCGGGUGAAUGGCAGAUCGAACUGCCUUUAGAAGGAAAAUAAUAUUGGAUUAUUUAUCUGCGGAGUCCCGACGUCGACUGCUUCUUCUACUGUGUUUGUUGACCUGUGAAGUUACCUGUGAGUAAAUUCAUUAUCAAGCCUAAAAAUGCCUAUGAACCACAGGGGAGAUCCCAAUCUGCUAAAAGAAACUGUUACUAGGAUAGUCUAUCGAUCUGAGUAUAGAUCGAACUACACGGGUACUGAAAACCCUUUACAAAACAUCAGACUUCAUUCACGGUUUAUGAGGAAACCGGCAUGGGAGAGCGACCAGAAACCCGGUACUUCACGAAUGAUACAAGUCCCUCUAAGAAGCCGACCGACAAAGAUCAAUCUACAAGGUCUUGAGCCAAACCCGCAGAUGUUUCGAAGCAAAAGUGCAAGCUAUUCCCAGAAUAAGGCUUUAUCUGUAAAAAGUUUCGGGAGCUCACGGCCUUAUUCGGGUUUAUCGGCAACCAGCCGAGCGCAAACCGAACAAUUUCCGCAGCGUCUCGUAGCACGUCGGAUCCAGAGCCAGCUGUCGCGAUUUCCGAAGGAGUUCCGAUACAUUGAUAAACAGUGUUUCUUCCAUCCUGCUCAGAAACCGAGGAAGACAUUUUUUGUUAUCAGCCCCGACUGGGUCUCGGAGAAGCAGCAGAAUCAUAUCCGUAAGAACAAUGUGUUUGGAUGAGAGAAGGACUGUUCUGGCUUGGCUAACUUUCAAAUGAACGCAGAAAUAAUACCCAACAAUAAGUUGGGAACACUGAGAAGGGCGUCAAACAAGGCAAAGGAAAAGUGUUGAUGAAAAUGUAUGUUUUUUUUUUCACGCCAAAAAGCUUGAAGUUCCCGGAUAACGACUCGCGCUACAUGACACCACACGUGGUCGCCUUCAUGUAGCUUUUUUCUUUGUUGUGUUGCAAACCAUGGGCUGCGUUUGAGAUUUGCAAUCACGUUUUCCUAAUAUUUUUUUUUUCAGGCUUGGGCUACCUGUAUUGUUUGUGUUGCAUUCAAGCUAGUGUUUUUUCCAGGUUACAUUUAUUACAUUUUUGAUAAUUAUCAUCAUAUAUAUCGGAGCCACGAUACCCCCCCACCCCCACCCAUCCCCCACCUCGAUAACUUAAACCCUCCGGCUUAACUAACACGACAUUUCUGCACUUGUGUAUUUGCGCACGCGUACACAGGGGGCCCGUCAAAAAAGUAGGACAUUUCUUAUAGGGAUCGUCAAAUGCUAUCUUUUUCCCAUAUGACACCUCUGACUUGCCCUAUCCGCGCACAAAGAACGGCUUAUCAGCCAAAAACUAGGGGCCCCGAGUGGUCUUGACUAGCACUUGCGAGCACCCCGUUUUUUUAUGCGAUAGACCGAGCAUUUUUAGUUGUUAAGAAAUCGAGCAGGGAGCACAUCGAAAAAUACAAUGCGAGCACGGCGGAAGAAAAUUCGCGAGCAUGCGAGCAUUACAGAUAACCAGUUCCGUAUCACUUCAUAUAUCAAAACUGCUCUAUCUUUUUUGCGGAGGGCCCAAUGCUCAUGAUUUUUUCUAAGACGACUACAAAUUUACUUAUGCAUAUAAAAUACACCGAAAUGACUACGCGUUUUCAAAUUUUAUUGAUUUAUGUUUUUUUUUCUGUUUGCACAUAGUGGUCCGUAGCAGCGGUUAUAGUUCCGUAUCACUCGAUAAUUCUGUCGUCUAGAACGAGUUAUUUUUUCGUUUGAGAAUCAAUAAAAACAUAAGAAUAACAUA